GCCUCCUCUCCCGGUGGGCGGCGGGUGUCAUCAGGGGCCUGGGACGCGCGAUGGGAUCUUCGCCUAGGCCGGAUCGCGGCUGACCGUUUCCAGCCGAUUAUAAAGCCCCGGGGGGCUCCUUUCUACGUGCUCCGGGAUCUUGUAGAGUUCACGAUCCGGGCCCUGCUAAGAACAACAUACUUAUGACGAUGGCGCCGUUCUUUCAGUCUCUCAGCCAAGUGGCCGUCGUCGCCCUUGCGCUCAUCUCGAACGCCCAAGCAGCGCCUCCUCCCACCGACGCGGCGAGGCAGCUCGACGACCGAGCCGGCAAGGUGCCGCUGCGCCUCAUGCCGCUGGGCGCCUCCAUCACGGCCGGCCUGCGCUCCUCGACGGGCAACGGCUACCGGCAGGACCUGCGCGCGCUGCUCGUCAAGGACGGCCACCCCAUCGACAUGGUCGGGUCGCGCAAGUCGGGCACCAUGAAGGACAACGACAACGAAGGGUGGUCUGGGUUCCGCAUCGGGCAGGUCGAGGCCAAGGCGCGCGCGUCGGUCCCCGGGCUGCUGCCCAACCUCUUCUGCGUCAACGCGGGCACCAACGACUGCGCGCAGGGGUUCGACGUGGGCGGCGCGGGCGCGCGCAUGGGCGACAUGCUCGAGUACCUGUGGCGCGCGUCGCCCGAGUCCACGGUCGUGCUGUCGACGCUGCUCCUCAACCUCAACGCCACGCGCGAGGCGUGCGGCCUGCGCGUCAACGAGCAGAUCAGGAAGCUGGCCGCCGACAAGGCCGCCGCGGGCCGGCGCGUCGUGCUCGUCGACAUGCACGCCGCGGACGGGCCGCAGAGGGGGGACAUGGCCGACGACACGCACCCGGGCGACGGGGGGUACCGCAAGAUGGCCGACAUAUGGCACCGCGGCAUCCGCGAGGCCGAAGCAAAGGGCUUUCUGAAGCCGCCGCACAAAAAGCCUUCGUCCCCCUAGGGGUGCGAUGAGGGGGAGGGUACAGACGGAGGAGGAGGAGGCGGGAACCAAGACGACGACGA